GAGUCGCCUAUUCAUACUCUAGUACUUGUCAUCUUCUUCCCCGAAGCUUCUCGUCCUCUCCCCUCCCCCUCGCACCGCCGGAGGGAGGCGCCGGCCGCGCCGUCUCCUCACCCGUCCGUCCGGCCGCCGCUCGUCGUGGUGGUUGGUUCCGAGCGAGCGACGCCCAGCCAGCAUGGCGGCAAAUGUGGGGGAGUCCACGAGCGGCAGCAGCAGCGUGGCCGGCGACGGCGGGGGCAGCUUCGAGUGCAACAUAUGCUUCGAGCUGCCGCAGGAGCCCAUCGUCACGCUCUGCGGCCACCUCUUCUGCUGGCCCUGCCUCUACAAGUGGCUGCACAUCCACUCGCACUCGCCCGAGUGCCCCGUCUGCAAGGCCGUCGUCGAGGAGGACAAGCUCGUCCCGCUCUACGGCCGCGGCAAGGACCGCGUCGACCCCAGGUCCAAGGGGGUGCCGGCCGGGGCCGAGAUCCCCAACCGGCCGACCGGGCAGCGGCCCGCCACCGCCCCGCAGGCCGACCCCAACAACCACUUCCCCAACGCAAACCCUAACCCCUGGUUCAUGGGGGGAGGGGGCGUCCCUUUGGCCAACGCGCGGUGGGGAAACUACACCUUCUCGGCCGCGUUUGGCGGCCUGUUCCCGCUGCUGAGCUUCCAGGUGCAUGGAUUCCCGGACGCGACCGCGUACGGGCAGCCUGCCGGGUUUCCCUAUGGCUACGGGCAUGGCCAUGGCCAUGGGCAUGCUUUCCAUGGCGGGCACGCCCACGCCGCUGCCCCCCGGCACGCGCCGCCCGGGCAGCAGCAGCAGCAGGCGGACGUGUACCUCAAGGCGCUCCUCAUCCUGGUUGGCUUUCUCGUGAUCGCGAGCCUCAUCACAUUCUAGGUUCGUCACCAUUGUCAUUUGUCACCGUCAUAAUAAGAGAAACGAUUGUCAUGAUACUUCUCAGAUGUUGUGUGCAUUACCUUGCCCCCCCCCGUACGAAAACCCCGGUCUAAAUCUGAGUGGUGCGUUUUGAGCGAAAGUGUUCAUAGAACUCAUGUAUAUAUGUGCUAUUUAGACGCGGUCUGAAUGGGGGGUGCCUGUGUACCGUAGUAGUUUCGCACUGAUUCGUGAAUGAUUUGGAAACCUCUGUUUGGAGUGGAUGUACCAGACCAAUUAUAUCAUGUGUAAUUUUGUUUCGACUGUCAAAGUGAGUGGGGUGUCCAGCUAUUUGGAGUCCAUGUCU